AUGACAAAUGGAGGAGGCAAAAUGUUCAAAGAUAAGGGUUCUUCAAACCUACGGUCUGCCAGCAGGAUAAUAGAUAAGAAAGCCAGAAAUGAAAAGAAUUCAAGGAUCCGUUCAAAUUUGAGUUUUGUUCAUACGACCACUCAAACCUAUGCUUUUGCUCCUGCUAACCCAAAUGUUCCUACUAUUGCCCCUGCCACUUCUGGCAACUACAACUGGACUUCUGCAGAAGGAGAAAUGCUGGCUUCCAGGGAUCACCUUUCUGGGUUUAUAUUCAUGUGCAAUGGAAAAACAAAAGCCGAUUGCUACAAAUACAGAGUUUUUGGUCUUCCUGCAGCAAAAAUGGAAGUUGUGGAGAAAAUCAAGCUACAUACGAAGCUAUUCUUGUUUGACUUUGACUUAAAACUUCUCUAUGGUGUCUACACUGCGGCCUCUAAAGGAGAAUUGGGAAUGGAGCCAACUGCUUUUGGAGGGAGAUUUUCGGCACAGGUGAGGUUUGAGAUUUUCAAGGAUUGCUUACCUCUGCCUGAGAGUGCUUUCAAACAUGUCAUCAAAGAUAAUUAUAAUGGAGGUUCCAAAUUUAGACAAGAGCUAAGUGCUGAACAGGUAACUAAUCUAAUUUCGACAUUUCGUCCGAUGGCUGUGUCACCAUCAGGAUCUGCUGUCUCUCUGAUGCCAAAUGCUGUCAGACCAGCCAAAUUUGUACCACCAGGCAUCGAGGUACAGACUCGGCCUGUAGCUGAGUUUUCUUCUUCUUAUGCCCAAUAUUUAGGUCGAUCGCAACUUACUCACCAUGAAUUGGCACUUAAUUCUCAACAUGUUCAACAAGCUGGCCCUCUUUGUGCACGUGUACCUCAUGCCUCAAUAGCAGACAUGGAUUGUUUGCAGCCGACUACACAGUCUAUGCAUCUUCUGCCAAAAAUCCCACAGACCGUAGCUGAUCCAUAUUAUCCCGCCGAAGGCCGUCAUGUAUAUUUUCCUGAAUAUCAUUUCUCACAUCAACAGACACCAUUUUGCAGAUACACUGCUGUACCAAAUGAUGGUGAGAGGGGGAUCGUAAUGCUGUCGAGCUCUACAAAUGAUCACACAGGCGUAGAGUCAUUUAAUGCCCCAGGGCAAGUACAUGCCCGUAUGCCAUCGCAACUCUCAGCCACCUCACAUGGGCAUAUGCGAUUACGAUCUUCGUCCCUAACAGCUGCUUAUUGGGCUGGUGUGGCUUAUGAAGGCCCAAAACAGGAGUGUUCUUCUCAUCAAUUAAUACCAUCAGUAAGCACUGGUCUGGGACACAAAAAUGUUCCCGUUCCUUCUGUAGGAGCAGGCUUGACUCGCCCUGCUAUGCCUGAGAAGACUGACACUGAAACUUUUCUGCAAUUAGGCAGUGCGGAUAAUAAUCAUGACUUCUCGCUUGCAGUUACUAGUGCUCCAAUACAGGCACAUGCUACUGUCCCAUUGCAAUUUCGAGCACCCUCUCAUGGAGCUGGUACUAACAAAGAAAGUGCUUCGCAAUUGGGUGCUGCAUAUGGUUACCACCACAAUUUAGCAGUUUCAGCCACUAAUGCUUCAUUACAAGCACAUGUACAAGUGUCAUCACAGGUCCCAGGACCUUCAUAUGGACUGGCCAAGUUGACAUCAUCAUCAGAAGUGGCUGCUUACUGGACAGCGAUGGCUGCUCAGGACCCUAAUCAGGUGUACUCGGGUUCUCAUCAGAUGUUGUCAUCAGUAGAAGGUACUGCAUACUGUUAUGACCACAAUCUAGCAGCGUCAGCCACUAAUGCUACAUUAAAAGCACAGACCCAAGCUCCAUUAUAUGGUGCAGCAUAUCUGCCAUCCUCAUCUGAAGCAGCUGCUUCUUGGACACAGGUGGCUUCUGAGGACCCAAAUUUGGUGUACUCUGGUCCUCAUGAAAUGCCGCCAGAGUAUGGGUGA